AUGUUCAAUACUUCUCUGCGCCGGGUGGCGCGCUCCUGCACCAAUGCGCCGUCGGUACCCUCUCGCCCGUCCACUCCUACGAUAGCAUCCUUCACCUCUAAUGCUCACCAGCGGCGGCAUUCCUCUUCGAAGCCACCUGUACCGCCAAACAACGGUUCCUCGGCAAUCCCAGCAGCCUCUGUGAAACAAGUUGGCGCUCCCCGCUCAGAGUCGAAGCGCCCGGGUGCCGAGUCUCGUCUUUCGAAGAAGAGGUCGUCCAAAGACAGGGCAGACAGCAAGGAAACCCAGGAUGACUGGACUUCAAAAUUACCCGCGGUCCCUAGUCUGCAACACUUGAACCCCAAAGAUGUAUAUGUUGCCUCUUUCUUUUCGACCCAUCGACCCAUGUCAAUUACCGGACCUGUACCUCCUGAGGCAUCGAUAGAAGCGAUCGAUAAAAUCUUCCAACCAAAGCCAAAAUCCCGAUCACGCAAUACAUCUCAAGAUGUUAUCUACACCCUCGCUUCUGCAGUAGAGAACCUCGACGAUCAUAUUUCUCAAAAGCAGGUGGAUCAAGCCUCACACAAUACGGCCGAGCAGAAGGCGGCCCUGAUCAAAUCUCUCAUGCAGCGCAACGAGAGUCCCGCUGAUCCGAAUCGAACACAUCAUCUUGACGGUGCGCCUCAAACCAUCCAGAUUGCGGGUGGGAAUAUCAAAUUAGUCAUUCAAGAGAUGCAACGAAGGUUUCGCCCAUUCAAUGCUCCUCCCGUGCCUCGCCCCAUCAGUGACGCCGAGAUCAAUGCAAGCGAAGAGCAAUCUGCGAGACAGGCAGAAAAGGAGGAAGAAAUGCAAGCAAAAGCGCUGGAAGUGGACAUAGAACAAGAUCACAACGACCCCUACAUUCAGCAGGUGAUGAUCAACGUUCCUCAAAACUCGGCAGAGCUUCAAAACGGACGCUUUUUCACCAGCCGUGGCGCCCCUGUGGUGGAAAUUGAGCAUCCCGACGCCUCGUCCGCCCUGCCAGAGAUUGAACAACAAUUGCCGCUGGGACGAAGCAGAAUCAUCGGCCACCGAAGGCAGGUCGGGUCUAUUCCAGGCAGGCGAAGAGAAGGAAUGUAUGCGAUCAGCGUCAAGAGACAGAGGCGCCUGAAGAUGAAGAAGCAUAAGUACAAGAAGCUGAUGCGUAAGACAAGGAACUUGAGGAGGAAGUUGGGACAGAUAUAA